UGCAGGUCUCACUGUCUGUCACAGAGUGUGUGAGCACAAAAGAAAGAAGGGGGCCGUGUUUGGUUGGUUUAGUGUCAAAUAUAUAGUUAUAUAUAGGGGGAGUAAAUCCCAAAUUCUGUCAAUAUGACUGCUGUUCAUCGUCUCGUGAUUGUACGCCAUGGUGAGAGCUCCUGGAACCAGGAGAACCGUUUCUGUGGCUGGUUCGAUGCUGAUCUCAGUGAGAAGGGUCUGGAGGAAGCCAAGAGGGGUGCUCAGGCCAUCAAAGAUGCCGGCAUGAAGUUUGACGUGUGCUACACCUCCGUUUUAAAGCGUGCUAUCAAGACUCUGUGGACCAUCAUGGAGUGCACAGACCAGAUGUGGUUGCCCGUAAUACGUACCUGGCGACUGAAUGAACGCCAUUAUGGUGGUCUAACUGGUUUGAACAAGGCAGAGACAGCAGCAAAGCAUGGAGAGGAGCAGGUCAAGGUCUGGCGCAGAUCAUUUGAUAUUCCCCCUCCUACUAUGGAUAAGGACCAUCCAUACCACAAGAUCAUCAGUGAGUCAAGGCGCUACAAGGGUCUUAAAGAGGGUGAGCUUCCCAUCUGUGAGAGCUUGAAGGACACUAUUGCUCGUGCCCUACCUUUCUGGAAUGACGUUAUUGCACCUGAGAUCAAGGCAGGCAAAAAUGUAAUAAUUGCAGCCCACGGCAACAGUCUCCGUGGUAUCGUCAAGCACUUAGAGGGCAUGUCAGAUGCAGCCAUCAUGGAGCUGAACCUGCCCACUGGCAUUCCCAUUGUCUACGAACUGGACAAGGACCUGAAGCCUGUCAAACCCAUGCAGUUCUUGGGAGAUGAGGAAACAGUGCGUAAAGCCAUGGAGGCUGUGGCCGCCCAGGGAAAGGUCAAAAAGUGAAGAGCUGACACUGACCCAGUGACUGAAACACGCCAAAUAUGCUUUUCUUUAAAAGGAUAGUUCACCCAAAAAUUAAAAUUCUCUCAUCAUUUACUCACCCUCACACCAUCCCAGAUGUGUAUGAUUUUCUUUCUUCUGCUGAACACACACACACAAAAAAAAAUUCAUUCUUUGUGCAUAUAGCCACCUACAGGGCAGGGAGGGGAAUUUAUGGUUAAAAAAAAAAAUAAUAAUUUAAAUAUUGAUCUGUUUCUCACCCACACCUAUCAUAUCCCUUUUAAAGACAUAGAUUUAACCACUGGAGUUGUUUUAAUUGCUUUUUAUGCUGCCUUUAUGUGCAUUUUGGAGCUUCAAAAUUUUGGUACCCAUUCACUUGCAUUGUGAGGACCUACAGAGCGGAAAUAUUCUUCUAAAAAACUUCGAAGAAAGUCAGACACAUCUGGGAUGGCAUGAGGGUGAGUAAAUGAUGAAUUUUAAUUUUUUGGUGAACUAUUCCUUAAAUUUGUCUUCUUUAAAGGGACAGCUCACCCAAAAAAUUAAAGUUCAGUCAUUUACUCACCCUCAUGUUGUUCCAAACCCAUAUUACUUUUUUUCUUAGUGGAAAACAAAAGAAAAUGUUAGGCAGAAAGACACCCUCUCUGCAUAACCUUUUUAGUCUCUUUCUAUUCCACAGAAGACAGAAAGUCAUAUGAAUUUGGAACAAUACAAAUUUGAGUAAAUGACAGAAUUUUCAUUUUUGGGUGAACUAUUCCUUUAUCUUCAUCCCAUACGCAAACUGCUAUGGCAAAGGGGUGCACCAUUGGAUGCAGGCCCAACAACACUUCUUUAAAGACCACAGAAUGAAUGAAUGUACACAUGGCACGGACAUGACUGCAACCCCUCCCCCAAACAUUCUCACAUUACAUCACGAAGCACAGCCCACUCUUGAUCUGUACACCCUCGUGUUGGACUGCCCCACUCAGACACAGCAAAUAAAAAUGACCACCAUUUUGUGUA